GAAAAACAAACAUACCAACAGUAAAGGGAGCGAGCUCGCCAUGCCAUUUCAUUGGGUGGUAUUCGCCCUGGCCGCAAAGAAUAUGGAGCGAAAACACACUCAAAAGUGACAGCUGCGCACUCAGAGCGAAGCAAUGUAAAAAGAGCAUAACAACGAAUUCCCACUCAAAAUGGGUCUCUCCACGUACCAACUAACCAAACUCGUUCCGUUCAAAUUUCGCCGAAGAGGAGGUGCUUCGCUAGUUAUCCGCCAAUCAAUAACCACCCUUAUUUGGCCAAGACCCACAGAGCCGCUGCACUCACUUCGAACUACUGCAAUGUCUUCACAUUUCUCUGGGUGGAUGAAGUUCCAGUUGUUGUCAAUGUUGGUGGUGACUGAGUGCUUGUGUGAGUUUGUGAUCAUGGACAUGGAUGUUGUCGAUAUUCGUCGGCUGGCUGGCUGGCUGACUGGCUGGUUGGUUGGUUAGCUGCUUAUCAGACUGGUUUGUGCCUCGUUGAUGUUGUUGUUGCUCCAUGAGAAUUAGCCAACUAACAACCACUUGUAUUCUACUCGUCACUCGGUCGCAGCGAAUCCGUUUGAGUGCUCUUGCCGCCGCAUCUGAAUGCUGUCGGCCUUGUGUUCAGCUUCUGGCUCUAAUCAGUCCAACGAGUGGUCUUGCGUUGUAACGACGUUUUGUAUGGAGGGUCUGUGUGAAUGGCAUCAAGUUUUUUAGUGUUUGGCUUGACGUGGUUGUCCUCCUCUUCAGCUGGCGCAUUACGAAAGAUCUAGCCACAUAAAUUUCGUGGUCGUCUAUUUGCGUCCGCGUUCGCGUAUCACACGGUAAAAAAAAAAAAACAAAAUCAAAAAAAUAAAUAAAUUGAAGAAACAUAAAAAUUAAUAUCGGAACGCCAUUGUUGGUGUUUUCAAGUGCCGUUAUAUGUUGUAAUCAGACCGGGAAAUGUUCAAACAUAUCAAUAUUUUCGAAACCAACUAAAACAUGAUUGGAUAAAACAUAGAAAAUAGAUUGAAGGUGUUUUUUCAAAUCAAAACAAAAAAAAAAUAAGAAAUAAAUAAAAAGGAGAUUUUCCGUACAAAAAUAUUACACUAAGUACAAAUAAGAAAAUUCCAUUAAAACUGUGAAAAGUUUAACUCCAUCCAUCUGCCGGAAUCAAAAAGUUAAACACUACUACCUACAUAAUCGGAAUAGGUAGUAGAUAAUCGAUCAAUAUCCGGAAUUAGCAUCUCUAUAUAGGUAUCUCUGCUGUGGAUUAAAAACCGCCAAAAUUGUGGAGGCACUUAAAAUGAAGACUGAGCUGCGUUCUUGCGCAGCGUGUGGGGAGCCAAUUUCAGAUAGAUUCUAUCUAGAAGUUGGUGGCUGUUCGUGGCAUGCGAAUUGCCUGCGAUGCUGCAUGUGUAUGUGUCCGCUAGAUCGCCAACAAUCCUGCUUCAUAAGGGAACGCCAGGUCUAUUGCAAAGCGGAUUACAGCAAAAAUUUUGGCGCCAAAUGUUCGAAAUGUUGUCGCGGUAUCUCUGCCUCCGAUUGGGUAAGACGAGCCCGUGAUUUGGUGUUUCAUUUAGCCUGCUUCGCGUGCGACCAGUGUGGUCGACAACUUUCCACUGGUGAACAAUUCGCGCUAAUGGAAGACAGAGUUCUGUGCAAAUCCCACUAUCUGGAGACGGUGGAAGGAGGCACUACCUCAAGUGACGAUGGCUGUGAUGGUGACGGUUACCACAAGAGCAAAACGAAACGAGUCCGGACAACGUUCACCGAAGAACAGCUGCAAGUAUUACAGGCCAACUUUCAAAUAGACAGCAAUCCCGAUGGCCAGGACCUGGAGCGUAUCGCCUCUGUUACGGGCCUGAGCAAGCGGGUAACGCAAGUUUGGUUUCAAAACUCCCGAGCACGUCAGAAAAAACACAUACAUGCUGGUAAGAAUAAAAUGCGUGAACCCGAAGGAAAUUCAUUUGCCCGCCACAUCAACCUGCAGCUUACCUAUUCGUUCCAGAAUAAUGCUCAAAAUUCCAUGCAAUUAAAUGGCAAUAAAUCCGGAUUGUAUCCAGCUCAUGAAUCUUCAAUGGAUGAAUUAUCACAGGAUUCCAGUGUGCAUUGUAUGCAAAGUGAAGUGUGACUUAAUCUGUUAGAACCUAAUUAGAUCAAUUACCUUACCUUAUUAUUAGAGUUAUGUUCUUUUUUUUUAAGAAAUAUUGAAAAUAUUUUAUAAAACAAAAUGAAAACGUCCUAAUCCUAGUCAAAAUUGCAAAAUCGUCCAAUUCUAAAAAAUACAACAAAACAAAAUUAAAUUAAAUGAAAAGCAAAACAAACAAACAAAUCGAUACAUGUCUGGAGAAACGUAAUAGCAGCCAACAUAAAAAAUUUAAUCGACAUUUAUGUAUAUGUGCAUAUGUGUAUCUAUGUAUAUAUAUAUAUGUAUGUACACUUGUAUAUUUGCGUCAAAUCUAUGACUAUAUUUAUAUAAACAUUCUACGGAAUACAUUACAGAUGGGCUAUUUGCAGUUAAAAAAACCAUAAAAGCAACAACAAAAACACAAGUCCUUAGGAAUUUUUUAACAAAAUAUUUAUGACAAUUUUAUGCAAUGAGACCUAAUUUAAUUUAAUAUCUGUCCCCACCUUUGUUGUAUUCAUAGUCCUUGCUAAAAUAAUUAGAAUAUUUUAAUUUUGCUUGUGUGUGUUUAAGUGAGCGUACUGGCUGGUGAGUGCAAAGGAUGAGUAGCACAUAGGAGAUUGUGGCAAACUUUUUCCUGCACAUAAUUCUGGAAUAGCAGUUGAUAUUUUUCGAUUUCAGAAGUUGUAUAUAGGAGUAUAAAAUGUUGUAUUUAGCAAUACCACCACACUUUUCUUUUGAAUUCUCAAGACACAGUGAAUUUUCUAAGCAUUUGCUAUUAAACAAUUCAUUCCCCAUAUUUUAAACGACGGAAAAGUUUACAGGGCAAUAUAGGUUUAAAUACACAUUCUAAUUGUUUGAUUUUUUAUUAAGUCGGCAGCAAAGUUGUUUUAAAUAUUGUUUGAUAGCAUGGGUAAUAUUUAUUUAAACCCUUCCAUAACUGAAUUUUGGGCUCAGCAUAUUGGUAUUACACUUAAAUACCUAAAUCUUUGAUGCAGAAAAUAAACAGAAAUUUAGUUGUUUUAAGUUACUUCGAUUAGCCAUCGAUUUCAAAAAAAAAAGUCAAAAUCUAGUUCUUGUUAUGAAAAAACUAUUUAAGGUUAUGAAAAAAAAAACUGUUAGCAAACUUAAUUGGUCGUCCUACAUUCCUUUUAAAGGCUCCUCACACACACACACACAUACGCAAAAAAUAUUUCAAAUUAUUUCUUCCAUUUCUGAUUUGGUAUUUUUUAUUUUCCGAUAAAGUCGGAAGCUUAAAUGGCUUCAGUUUUUAGUGUGUUUUAAGAUCCCCUAUGUUAUGGUAAAAGUCAUGUUAAGUCAACUUUGAUUUUGUAGCGCCAGCAUAUAAUGUUGAUUUGAUUAGAUUCCAAUGCUAAGUCAUGUUUAUAGACCAGUUCUCCCACAAGUGAUAAUACCUCUGUUGUCCACACCGACACACACCCUAUAUCAUUUACAUAUGCAUGUGUGUGCGUGUAUCUAUGUCAUCAUGUAUUAAAUCCAAUUGCCAGAUCCUGGAACUUGUUUAGUUGUUAUUAUCAUCCACAUAUUUCAGUAGCCCGGUGUGUGCACUACGAAAUUUUACUCAAGUUAAUGGACUAUGAAUGACCAUUGUCGAAUGUUGACAAUUGUCCUAAGCUAAACACACAUUGUAUCGGUUAGUGUAUUCAAAGAGAAAAUUAUUUUAAAAAAAACAACAAC